GAGCUCUUGCAGAGCACAAAGCUACGUGCUGACAGAACAUGAGGACAUUUUCGGUUUCAUCUUAAAGAAGAAAAAUGAAUGAGCUGCGUUACACCUGAGCAGCUUGAUGGUGAACGCGAACCAAACGGAUGGACUGAUGGACUGUGCUUUACUCCACUGCAUUUAUCUACCAGCUGAAGCCUGAAGUGCGUGUCCCUCACAUUCACCCUCUACAACGUCUGAAGUCACCAUGAAGAUCGCCGCCUUCAAUGCCAAGAACCUGGGAUGGAAAAAAGUCACAGACAAGACCGUGGUUCACCACCUCACCAAGAUCCUGUCCCGGUACAGCGUGGUGCUCGUACUGGAGGUGACCGAUAAGAGCGGUAAGGCCAUGGAGAAGUUACACCAGGAGCUCAACAACACCAGCUCCAACCGAACUCGUCCCUACUCCCUGAUCGCCAGCAGCCAGCUGGGACGCGCCACCUACAAGGAGCAGUUUGUUUGUUUCUACAGAGAGGACGAGGUGACGCUGGCAGCUUGUCACCAGUAUGAAGACAAUCAGCCUGGAGAUGUGGACGCCUUCGCCAGAGAGCCCUUCAUCCUGCGCUUCAGCUGUCCGACUACAGUUGUGAAAGACCUGGUUCUGAUCCCAGUCCACACCAAACCAGAGGACUCGGAGAAGGAGCUGGACGAACUGCACGACGUGGUGGAUGCGAUCAGGAACAAGUGGGGAACUGACAACAUCAUGAUUUUGGGGGACUUCAAUGCGGAUGGACGUUAUCUCUCCAAGAGGAAAAAGGAAAAGAUCCGCAUCUGCUCGGCUCCCUACCAUUGGCUGAUAGACGAUGAUGUCGACACCACGUCCAGCAACUGCAAUGACCACACCUACGACAGGAUCGUGGUGUAUGGCCAGACCAUGCUGAACGCCAUCGUCCCCGGCUCAGCCAAGUCGUUCAACUUUCAGAGCAAGUUCAAGCUGACUGAUGAGGAAACUCUGGGCAUCAGUGACCACUACCCUGUGGAGGUGGAGCUGAAGACCAAUCAGAAACACAAAGCACCGAGACAAAGGAAGACGCCUCUGCCCCGGACAGCAAGGACAGCGUCCACCGGAAGACAAACCCAGAAGAAAGGACCACAGAAGAAGAAGAAGGACGUGCCGGCAGGAUUACAGGGGAAGAAGAAGACGACAACGACAAAAAGGAAGAGAGGACAGUCGUCAGACACACCAGCCAAGAGGAGACGUUUGGACAAUCGAUGAUCAGACAGACCUUAAAGACGUUCCAUCUUUUCAAGAGUGUUAUUAAAGUUACGGUCAGAGAAAUGUUUAAAAAUAUGACAUGAGAGGUGAGAAGCUUCCUGCUAACAUGAAUAAACUAUUGCUCAGCUUGGAAGAUACACAACUGGAAAUCAUUAGUUUCUUAAAAACUGUCACCCAACAAAACUUCUACUAUCUUUCUGAACGCAUCUCAGUCUGUAUGAAUAAAUGUGUUUGUCAGGA